UGUCCAAUCAGCGCCGGGGAUGGUGGCUAUGUGAGUUGUGUGGUAAACGCUACGAGCAAGGCUAGACAGUCAGUAUGGCGGAGGGGAGCAGUGUAAGCGACUCAGAGGGGCUAGAAAAGCGGUUAGAGAGCCUACUGAGCCGCUACUCAGGUGACGAAUCCGGAGCUGACAGCGAGCUGUUCUGCGCUGAUUUCUGGAAGGUGGUGGAUGAGUCUGCCUCUCACUGCCGCGUCCCGCUGCCUCGCCUCAGGAUCCUCCAAGUGGCUCUGCGGCAGUUUUCUCGAGCCUCGGCCUUCUUCCCAACAAGCUGUGAUCAUGUAGGCCACACUAUCAGUAGUCUGGCGCUGAGUGUGUUUGAGUUGCUGCUGUUUUUUGACCAGAAGGAUUUCAACGAGGAGCCCUUAAAACAUUUCACUGCUACAUUCCAGGAGUGUCGUUCAGUCUUAGCGAAGUAUGAAAAUGUUUUUCUACUUCAAGUGGAGCGUUUCCUCCAGCAGGGCGGACCGUGGGCCACCCCCGCCUUACAGGCCAUCCUCAGUGAAUCCAGUUUACCUCAGAUUGAAGUGGAUCGUUACAUUAGCUCUGAGCCGCCGGUGUUCCUCGACCUCCGCGUUCGCUACCUUUCAUCCUGCGGUCGCCGCAGCGACGCCGCAGCUCUGGCUAAAUGCUGCAUUCGGUGUCCCGCUGCAGGACAGCCGCUGUUCUUCCUCCAGGUCUACCUCUCAUGGCUUCUCAGAACAACACAGCACGACCGCCUGCACCAGGAGGUGGCUGACAUUAACAGCAAAGAUGCUCUACACAUCAUCUGCAACCUGGAGUGUGAGGAGACGGAUGAGAUGCUUUUAGCUCUCAGCACUGCCUUCCUGUCUCAGCAGCUCCAGAGAGGAGACAUGUACUAUCUAUGCGAGCUCGUCCUGGUGUGGACCAGCCUCCACAGACGGUUAAAGACGUCCAAACAGACUCUGUUGGAGGCGUGUCGUCAGCUGAUGCUGUCCGCCACGAACAUCAAAUCGAUCUUUCCCUUCAUCAGAGCCGUGCUGCAGGAGGUCGGUGAAGACGGAGUGCAGUUCUGUGUGGAGCUCUGUGCCAACACUCUGAGAUCAUGUCUUCCAUGCGACGUCCUCACAAAGACGCUCAUUUAUAAAACCAUCGCCGGGCUGCUGGCCAGCGACCUAGACGUGUGCCGGGCGUGUGCUCUGCUCGUCUUCUUCCUGGAGCGCACCGUCGAGUCCUACAAGACGGUGUACCUGCUCUACAUGCACCCCGACCAGGAAUACCACGUGGAUGACAGCCCGAUAAGGAAUAAUGUUCGCUUUGAGACCCUACAGGUUCUGAAGAAGGAUUUGUAUUUUGACCCGGAGUUCUGGAACCUCAUUGCUUUGCGGACCAACUGUUUGAAGCUGAUGAGUGAGAAGGUGGUUAGUGCUGCUCUGGAAGAAAUCAUGGAAGACAAAUGGAUCUCCAAGUAUUGCACCAGGGGUUCUGCCCUCCGCUCAGUUUGUCAAAGAGGACCUGCUGCUAAAAAACGACAUCAUAAGGAAGGUAGAUUUUGUAAAACAGAUUCAAACACUGGAGCCAAAAGAUUUAAGAUGGACUCUGAGAAAAUGCGCGUAAAUAAUCAUGCUCUAAGAAGAAGAGGCAACCAGGGAUCAAAAGCUUUGAGAGAAUCUUCUACUGGACCUUUGAGGCGCUCAUUUUGGCAGCUUGACAGAAUACAUGGCAGUUUGACACUGAGGUAUGACGAACAUCGGCGCACGACGAGGUUUUCUGAGAGAAACCUGCCAAAACGAAAGAUCAAGAAGCCCAAGUGGCUCCUGGACGAUUCAGGAAUGCUGGAGAACGUUCCGCUAAAGAUGAAAAGGAACGGAUUGAAACCACAAAAGCUUCUGCGAUCCUGUGUAAUGAAAAGAUCCCAAACCGGUCCCAUGAAAAACAACGCCAAACUCAAACCUCAAGUACACAGUCGUCUGAAACCGAAGGAGAACAAGUACCAGAACGGGUUCUCUUUGGAUUCUAUGAAACCGGCAAACCCUCCCCAAAUCAUCCUAGAGUUGUCUCUUCCAGACAACGAACUGAUGGAUACGUUUAGUGACGAUUCUUGCAACCGGCCCAAAAGGUUCUCUCAAGUGCUUCUUUACAAACCAACAGUGAAAUAUCCUGAUACUUCACCUCCAACGAAGACCGGGCACGGCAAAGAGGUGAUUCUAAGAUCGCGGGAUGCCACCAUGUUUGUGCAGCUGCUGCACUGCUACGCACGGCGGCAAAGAGGAAAAGGUAGCGGCUCCAACGUUCAUGGCUCCGUGUCGACAAUCACACGUUCGUCGGCGCAAGGAAGCCCGUCAAAGGAUUCAGAAUUAUGUGAGAGGCCUGUCUCCGGGCCUAAAGGUACCACACCAGAAAAGGUCAAAGAGAGGGGGUUGCAUGUUUCAGAAAAGCUUCCCAAAGCUCAAAGCACAAAAGAAGCCCUCGAUUCCUCUGGAACCUCUCAAGCUGAAACAGAGAAGGACUUUCAAAAUGAUCGAUCUGAAAGUUCUCCUGCAAAUGUUCAAGACUUCCAACAAGUUGAGUCCAUCGCCUCAGGCGGAGAAGCAUUUGAGGUGUCGGCUGUUGAAAUGAAAGUCACCAUUGCCUCACAAGCCUCGGUUUUAGCCAAAGUCUCCAAGCCUCCAAUAAAAGAAGAUGUAGACCAAGUUUCACCAAUCUCAAAGGUGGUGAAGAAUAAGAAGAAAUCUACAGAUGAAGUCCAGUUGGCUUCGAUUAACAAUAGUGACUCGGAUAAUAAUCUUCUUUCACAAUCUGAAGAUGUUGGCUUCAACAGCGUAGAACAGGAAAUCAAGUCCCUGUCAUCUCAGGAAGACGGCAGCAAGAACUCCAAGGCAGGCAGUGACUCUCCCAACAUGGCUGCUGCAGAGAUGUUGAGGAAAUCUCCAAAAGGAAAGGCGCCUCAUAGAAAUGACAAAAGCGCAGUUAAAAAUGUCAGUUUAGCUGCUUCUUGUAGUUCCGACAAGUCUAUAUGGACGUUACCAACAGAGCUGGUCACUGAACUUUCACCCGAGCAGCUUACAGAUCAACAUCAAUGCUACUCUAAAGGUCAGGCGGGUAAAGGCAAGCUUAAGCAUUCUCAGAAAACAGAAACUACCUCUAACUACGCUGUGCGGGAACAGGAGGUGGCUGCAGUUGAUGUGCAAGUUAAGAAAGAAAAUUCAAAAGCUCAGGAUACUCGUUCAGAAACAUCUGAGAACAGUGAGCUUAUGGAAACGGCCCCGGAAACGGAGGAAUCCAAGCUGGAGCAUUUCUGCACCUACUGCAACAAGUUCUUCAUGGGGGCUCGGGUUGUAGAGCAUGCAAUGUUCCACUUCCGAAAAGACGAGUGCACUUUCUGCAGAACGGUCUUCAAAGACGACCUGUUGGCCAUGGUGCACCUCUCCGAUCAUAUAGAGAAAAUGAAGAGGUUGAAAACUGAAGAAACCAGCGCUGCUACACCAAAAACCUCAGCCAAAGCGAAGACGACAAACGUGCCUUCUGGACACAAAGAGAAACUCAAGAACUCUGCGUCUGAACCCAGAACUUUAAGAUCUAAUCAAAAGCAAACGGGUGUAACAUCUUCACAUGACAAACAAACAUCCAAGCAUGUCAUUGGAGAAACUACCAGCCACAGGGUAAACGGGCAUAUUGGCAAAAAAGAGGGUGAUUUCAAGCUGGAACCUGUACAGCAACUGAGUUUUGAUAAAAGAAGGCGUCACCGAGUGUUUGAUUCAAGGUUGCAAGAAAAUAAGCUCAUUAAUUCUGAAAGUCCAGUACCAGGUCAAACCAAUAAGGAGCUGAAGUCUUCAGACGAUGGGAAGAAAAGGAGAGAAUCUUUACAACUUCAAGAAACAUACUCUAAUCCAAUUGUUGAUGUUGACGAGCAGGAGGAGAAGGUUUCCUGUCCUGCAAAAAGAUGCUCCUGGUUUACAAACCUCUCAAAGAACCGAGUUGGCCUGCUGUACCAUGCUCUGGACAAACACUACGGUGACAUCAAGCCUUUAGAGCUGGCGUUCCGCGUUGCAAAGAGCAAAUGCAGCAUCUGCAUGAGGGUGAUGUGGAGCUUCGAACACUUCCAGCACCACGUUGAGAGACACCGACUUGUCCCGAGGCACCCCUGCCUUCACCGGGGCUGCAAGGCCAGGUUCAAGAGCGGAAUGGAAAUGCGACGGCACACCAGGAAGCACAGUCCGCUGCAGGCGAUGUGCUGUCGGCCCGGAUGCUCCCAGCUUUUCAUUUGUCUCUGGGCACUGAAUCUUCACGAGAGAGAACACUACGCUUCCAAGUCAGCUGAGCCAGACUCAAAUGCAAAUGCACAAAGAGGCGAAAGAUUGUCUAAAGAUUGUCCAUCUGAUGGAAAGAAAACUCAAAGCUCAGACGACCCCGUCAGGUUCACUUCCCUUAAGUUAAAAGAACAAACAAACGACUCUUUAAGAAGACGCAUUAAAGUUCAUCUGACUGUCAGCACAGCAGCUCAACAAUACAAGCUUAGAGUUAGAAACAAAAGCACUGAUUCUGAAAAAGACACUUCUCCUCAUCCCAAGUCCAUAAAUCUUAGGUUGAGGCAAACAUUAAGUAAAGGCCAAGCUCCCAAAAGUCAUAAAGUCGUCUCAUCAUCUUUUCUAAAACACAAAGCUAAAGUGAAGAAUAGGAAUAGGUUAAAGUUAAAGAAUGCCAGAAGAGCCGCUCAAGCUCUUAAGAAAAGAAGAUGUCCUCCAAGGUUGAGCAAAACUGCCGCCGGUCAGAAAAUACUCGCUCAAGACGCGAAAGAGAACAGUGAACUCGAUCAAGAGGACGUGAUGACAGAAACGACAUUGAAUGAUUCAGAGAUCAAGCAGAUUAAAACUAAGCUAAUAUCCAGCAGUAAAUUUCAAUCCACCAGUUCAAAACAGUCUGGCCUCACCAGACAGAAGUCGGCGGAUGGCAGAAAGAAACUUCGAAAGGUCAAGAAUCACUGCGCUUCUUCAGAUUCUGGCAAGUUGAAGAAAACCAAGACUGGAAGAGUUGAAGCGACUAAAAAGGCUGUCAAGAUACGUCAAGAGCUAAACUCUGCUUCGAGAGCGUCUGCGGAGUCCAAACGGGUUAAAGUCGAGGCUGUGGUGGAAAUUUCUGCUGAGGAGAAGGCGAAUAACCAAGAUUCCCUUCAGGAGGAGUCCAGUAGCUCCUUCCCAACAGAAGGUGCUGAGAAGACGUCAGGGGUUAGGAUAGAAGAAAGCACCAACGCCGCUGCUUCGAGCUCUGGCAAGCCACAGAAGAAAGGGGAAAUGUUGAAGAAAAGGCUCAAUCUGAAAGGCAAAAACCAAACCUUACAAAACCUCCACAAAUCCCCAAUGGAGGCCAAAGAGCAGGAUAAACAGGUGACUGCUAAAGGAGCAGAGGGAAUAUUUAAGGGGUUGAAAAAGUUAAUAAAGAGCACUCUUGUUGAGAAAGAAAAGAGGAAGGAAGCCCCUGAAAAUGCAGCUCUAGGAGCAUCCGCUCCAUCUAUUCCUACUGACAUUUUGACCGCUUGUCCAUCCAAAGUCCCUGAGGCAAACGAGCAGAGCAUUAAUCAAAAGGAAAAACAAAAGAAAUCAAAAAUUACAGAUAAGUCUGAAACCAGUAGAGCAACCAAGAGGCGUAAAGAGAUUAAUAAAGACAAGACACGAAAGCUUGCCAAGAAAAAAUGUAAAGAGGGCAAUCGGCUAGCAGCUGCUAAAGGAAAUCCUCCAACACAACCUACUCCGUCUGACAUUAAUUCUGCUAGCUGCUCUCUAAUCCUUGAAGACAAAGAAUGGAGCGAGGGAGUCGUUUCCAUGCCGUGUAAGAAAACCCUCGCAGCAUACGGCAAGAAGCCAUACCUGCGCCUGCCGCCCACUGCGUACCUGGACGAAAAGUACACCGCCAUGCCGAAGCGGAGGAAGGAGUCGCCGCUCUUCCAGUCCAGCAUCGUUCUUGAGUCGCCCUGUCUGAAAGCGGCUCUGCAGAGGCACCGGUGCGCCAAGUGCUUCUCCACUUUCAGCUGCGCCGAGGAGCUGCAGAGUCACAGCCAGCAGCAGAAGUGCUCAAACCUGUUUGGGUUCGACUCUGACGAUGAGGGUAACGGCUGAGCCACUGCUACAAGGACGACUUUUGGAUGCUAGCCAAGCUAGCACCAAACUUCUAGGAACCAGGGGACUGUGAUUGUACCUCAGCAAGUCCGCUCCCGAGACGCAGGAACAAACAUUUGACGCUUCAGGGCAGCGAACAUAAAGCCCUAAAGAAACUUCUGAACUGAACCCUUGGGAGGUUAAUAAAAGGAACGGUAGUACUGAAGUGCCUCCUCUUGGAACCGCCGUGUUGCGUCGCCCCAUAUGGAGACUAAAUCACAUAAAAACAAGGCUACAAAUGUUUCCAUUAGUAAGCCAUACACUGUUCUCAUAAGAACGAGUUGAUGUGUCCUCGUAUUGAAGAGAUUUGGAAUUGAAAAUUCAAUUUGAUCAUCUUAGGGUCCUAAUUUAGACUGAGUCUAAACUGCAGAGUGGUAAGGUAGCUGUGCGAGUAUUCAGUAAGAGGUUUUUUUUUUUUUUUUUAAAUGUAUAACUCUUGUUUAAAUACUAAUUUUAUUUCCUAUUGAGAAAAGGAUCCCUAUGGGGCUCGUUCUGCUCCACACUGCUUGUCCUUGCGGUAACCAACCAGUAGAGGGCAGUGUGCGCUAACCUCGAUCUAGUCAUCAAGGUAACUUCCCGUUUUUCCUGUUCAGAGAAGAUUUAAGGACACACAUUGCUUUAUUGUCACCUGAAUGCUUUCUGACGUGCUGAAGCUGCUCACUUUUUAUUUACCGCUGUGUUGACUUGAGAAAUGGCUCCAUUUUUUUUAAUUAGCUCAUAGCAAAGCUGUGUGUAAGUUAACAAUAAUUAUGAACCAGAAAAUGUGCCAGUGACCUACUAAUUUAUCAUGAUUAUUUUUGUUUUAAACGACGAUCAUAAUUCACAUUUGGGUGCGUUUUCUUUCCAGCUUUUCUUUCUUUUCGUCAUGUUUCGAUUGACCGCGGUGACGACGUUCCGCCAGUGAUGUUUGAUGCAGGAUCGUUGCAUCCGAGUGUUACUGUGAGGCCGCAUGUGUCUUUUCAUGAGCAGCGACAGGUUUUAUUUAUUGGCUUUCUUUUAUAGGUAUAUAAAUGUAUAUCUUUUGUAAAUACAUGAAGAGUUUCAAUGGCUUAUUCUAUAAAUGCUGGAGCCAGGUUUCUAUUUUGUUCUUGAGGGGCAGGGAGGCGGGGUGGGAAAUUAAAAUGUUUCAAAUUGCCUUGCAGGGCUUCAUUCAUUUUUUUAUUUUUUUAUUUUUUUUUAGGUUCUGUGCAGACAUGCAUAAAAAUGCGAGAAAUGUAAUAUUUUAGAUUCGUUAUUUUGUUGGGUGUUAUUUCAAAUGAGAGGGCCAAAAUGAAAUUGAAUCAGCCUUCUUUCCCGUUACUUUUUCUGUUCUUCGUCAACAUGACAACCCGAGACUUUAGACGAGGAAGGAACUUGAGUCCAAAUUAGGAAUUAGGUUGUUUCCCGCAGGUGUUCCAGUGAACCGUCACUGAGUAGGAAUGUUUCAUAUGCCGUUGGAAAGCCUGUUUCCUCUUAAAUGGUCUAAGGCUGAAAAUUUUCUGCUAAUGUCAAGGCAUUUGGUGGAGGCAGUGUGAUGAUGUGGGCUGGCGUGUCUUUCACUGGAAAAAACAGUUUGUUGUUGUAGACGGGGAGACGGAGAUUAGAUUCUGCAGCUGGUGUCGGCCCCUGUCUACAGGACUCUGUCCGCAGAGACCGCCUCAAGAAUUUGCGCUUGAACUUUGACCUCAACCCUGUUGACUUGUCUAAAUUAUCUGAUUAGUUUGGACAUGCUCUUUGGAGAGGAUUUGGAGUUUCUCAAUCGGAGGGUUUCACAUGCUUGACUCCCGCUCAACCCAAACAUAGAUUUCCCUUGUGCUGUUUGACAGUAGAGAAGGAGCCUCUCCAGCAGAUUUAUUGAUGAAUUUUCUCAGCCUUUCCUCUCGCCGAACAGGAAGGCAUCAAGAUGUUCUGUAACUGCUGAAACACUUCAACACCACCAAAUCUUACCACAUACUUUUGGUCUAGUUUUGACUACAAAUAUCUUAGUUUUGUCUUAUUCCAAGUAACUUUUGUGCAAGAAAUAUCAAUCUGAUUAAAUUAUACCAUUAAUAUUGCUGAAAAUUUACUAAUUGUAAGCAAAAUAUCUGCCAGUGGAACAAAAUUUUUAUCAGCGUGAAAGAGGUUGUGUUUUUUGCAGUGUAAAGACUCUUCCUAGCUUGUGUUCCUUUUGACAUUCUUCAUGUUCUGAGUUUUGAUCAGUCCAAUUGAGUGUAAAAAUGCAGGUGGUGUCACUUUUUUGUGUCCAGUAGCAUCGCAAUCCCAUGUUCUCGAACAUCUUUGUAGCUGCCAAAAACAAAUUGCAUAUACCUUUGUGGAUAUUGACGGUGCGACGACGACCGUUUUUGAGUUGCAUGUCCUGGAUUCAAGUAAAACUUUUAAGUUUUCCUUUUUAAUUACUUUCAGUGGUGCAUUUUAUCAACUCUGAUCAUCACUGGAAAGUGAAUUGAUUCCAUGGAAAAUGCUAGACUUGGAUUCAUUUCAUGCAGUAGUGUUUAUGUUAAAUUAGCUGAGAAUGAAAACCUCAGAAUUUAGAUUCUUGGGUGAAAAAGCUGAAUUAAAAUAGCUUUUCUAAAUUCAUGAAGACGUCUAUGGGUGUGAAAUGAGACAAAUCAGAUGACACAGCUCAGUCAGACAGCCUUUAAUCAAUACUUACUGAAGUAAUGAUGAUGGAUUCUUCUACAGCCCCAGAGCACAUGAACUACAACCAGUGGCACUUUUGGAUAUGGGCAGUUUUCCAGGGUGGUAUUAUAGAAGGGGCUCCCAAAAAAAAAACAUAAAAAAUGCGCAAUUUUUGCAUCUUGAUUUAAAAAAAACCCAGUGCUGCUGAGAGUAAUGAGAAUAAGAACUAGACUGCAUUUUAUUCCCUCCCAGAAUUGCGGAUUAUUUCAUGCGUUUUGAUUGGUUGAUGGCGGGAUGCCUUUCACUCAAAAACCACCACUGGUUUGCAAUCCUAGCUGCACUGCAGUCGCUCCUUCCACCCAGCAUUAAGCAUCAAAACUGAGAAUUAAAUAACUAACACUAUAUUUCAGUGAAUCAGAUGAAUAAGCAGCAGUCAUCAUUCCGAAUGUUUCCAGAAAACACUUGUUGCAAAACGAUGCGGCUUGCUUCACUUUAAAAUAAUAUAAUUGCUCUCUAGUUAUUAUCGUGAUUUAAAUACAGUUAUGUACAGCUACUCACAAAUCCAUCUUAAAAAUUUCACUAGUUUAUUUUCCGCUCUUUCUCUCUUUAAAUAUAAAACGUUUAAAUACAUAAAAAUAAAAUUACUCGGAGCGGGAACAGAUAAAUUAGAAGCAGACCCAGAACUGUCAGGUUGUAACUGGAUGUAGAAAUGUGUCAAGCGAUUCACCUCGUCGAAAAGAAGGGAGCGUAAGGAAUCAACAAAAGUGUACAUACCCCAGUUAAAAUGAGUUACAUUUGGAUGACAACAUCUAAAAAGUUGAAAAAUCAUUUGAAAACGUGCAGUCGAAACCAGACGGUGAAUAAAAAGAGACAAACUUUUUUUUUCUUUCUCACUCUGAAGUAAAAUCCUUCUCCUCGUUUUGGGUUCGAAUUAGAAAAAUUAUUUGUAUUUGCUUUUUUGAGUGAAGAUGUACUUUUUUUUUUCCACGUGCGCUUAUUUAACAUUUCUUAAUGUUUUCGACUCGGUUUCGGCGUUCAGUCGUCGAUACGAAAAUGAUUGAAAAUGAUUCUGAUUUAACCCGGCAUGAUAACAGAGGGUGUGCACACUUUAGAGAUCCUCUCUACAAGAUUUUCCUUCCAGCCAAUAUGGAAAUUUGCCUUAAGAUUCGUCUUU